CAUAACAGCGCCUCUCCUCCGCACCGAAGCCGCUCUAAAAGCUGCGGAUCGAGCGGCUGCCUGCCUGCCUGCGUUCGGACUUGCCUUGUAUAGGCAACAACACCGUCUCCUGCUGAACAACCGCUGCUGUCACACGCAAGCGUGAAAUCUGACGUGAUGCUCUCGCCACCGUCCCAUUCAGCCGUUUGCUGGGAUCCUCCCUUCAGACAGUCGUGCGUAUGCGCUGGUAACGAAACAACGACAUCGCCGGAGCAGUAUUUAAACAGAAGCCACCAGUUAACAGAAAGAAAUCAAUAGGUAACGUGAUCCGCAUCGAUUUCAUGCGGCAAUGUAAAGAUGGCGAGAGUGCUCCACAACUUGCUGUUCUUUCUAAUUAGACUUGCGCUGAAAAUCAGAGUUUUGGGGUACUGGUCAUUGAUAUACGGUUAUUGUGCUGUCUGCACCGUCGUAGCUCUGCUCAAACUUUGGUGGAACAUCAUCUUGAGGCCGACAACAACCUUUCAAUGGGCGAUUCGUGAAAGUCCCCCGGCUUGUCUGAAUGACACGUCCUUGGGAACCCACUGUUACGUUCGGAUCAAGGAGUCUGGCCUCCGGUUUCACUAUGUCGCUGCUGGAGAAAGAGGAAAGCCGCUCAUGCUAUUUCUACAUGGCUUCCCUGAGUUCUGGUUCUCUUGGCGCUACCAGCUACGUGAGUUUAAGAGUGAAUUCCGUGUGGUGGCCGUCGACAUGCGGGGAUACGGGGAGUCAGACUUUCCCCUCUCCACUGAAAGUUACCGCUUUGAGCACCUGGUUACUGACAUCAAGGACAUUGUGGAGUAUUUAGGUUACAACAGAUGCUGUUUAGUCGGCCAUGACUGGGGCGGGACCAUAGCAUGGCUGUUUGCCAUUCACUACCCGGAGAUGGUGACGAAACUCAUCGUGCUGAACUGUCCCCACCCCUCUGUGUUCUCAGACUAUGCUCUCCGUCACCCGAGCCAGCUGCUGAAAUCCAGCCAUUUCUUCUUCUUCCAGCUGCCUCGUUUCCCAGAGCUCAUGUUCUCCAUCAGUGAUUUCAAGGCUCUGAAGUCUUUAUUCACCAGCCGCAGCACAGGGAUUGGGAGGAAAGGCCGAUGGCUCACUGCAGAGGACUUAGAGGCCUAUCUGUAUGCAAUGUCACAGCCGGGAGCGCUGACCGGAGCCCUCAACUAUUACAGGAAUGUUUUCAGCUCCCUACCCCUCAGCCAGAACCAUGUCAGGUCUCCGGUGUUGCUUCUGUGGGGCGAGCGUGACGCCUUCUUGGAGCAGGAGAUGGCCGAAGCCUGCCGCCUCUACAUCAGGAACCAUUUCCGUCUUAACAUCAUUUCUGGUGCCAGCCACUGGCUGCAGCAGGACCAGCCCGACAUUGUGAACACUCUCAUAUGGACCUUCCUCAAGGAGGGAGAGGGACGGAAAUGCUAUAGGAAUUAAGCCCACCCUGCAGCCUUCUGCAACACUUCUUGCCCCUUUCACUCACCACCAGGAAGCCUGGAAUAUGCCUGUGAUACCAAGCAGUGUAGUGAUAAUGCAAUCAUUCUUUUAACUUUUCACAUUUUAAAUCGUUUUUUAAAGGAGUGGGCAGUAAAGGAUAGAAUCAAAGCACACUUCACCAGAGAGGACACUAAGACGUACGUGUGACACAUACUCAAGAUGUUUUUUGCACAUGACAUCCGCCUUAAAGUUUGUCAGUUACAGCAUUGCAAACGUGUGGCAAAAUGUCCUUGUGACUUGUUUUGUGUGGUGCCUUUUAGCGUUCCGAGUUGUUGCAGUGUUAAGAUGUCCUGAGAGACUGGGAUGUGGCGUCUUCUGCUGUACUUGUGUGUUUCACUAGGUCACUCCACUCUACUGUACCUUGGGCACAGUCCUUUGGGAGACAUGACUCUCCCGCUUCCUUUAUCAGGUAGUGUCGUCUACAGGAGUUUUUGUACACUCGCUCAAAUGUAGAGAAUGUUGUGAUCUUGAUCUUCCUGCAUAGAAAAUGUCAGUGAUGGUUGACUAUUGUACUAUUUUGUAACUUCCUACACACCGCAUUUUAAAAUUCACUGAGCCAGGUCUACGCCAUCCUAUUUUAUAAAUAAAAUACAUGUCAAUCUGUUGGA